AUGCUACGACACGGGAGCAUAUUGGGGUUCUUCCUCAAGCCCCUAGGAUGGAUUCCCGGCGGCCCUCAACAAGCCGCCUACGCCGCUGCCCUCGGCCUGGUCGCCAUCCAGGUCGGUAUUGGCAUCAUCAUGAAAAUCGCCCAGACAGGCGGUUCCUACUCCUUCUCCCCCUCGGCCUCCGUCACCAUCUCCGAGUUCUUCAAGAUGGUUCUGUCUACCAUCUUCUUCUACAACGAAUGCAAGCGCAGAGUCGCUGACGGCAUCCGCCCGUCGACGCGAGGAGGCGGCAACGGCUACGCCUCCCUUGCCACAUCGGAACUACCGUUGAACGAGCGAAGCAGUUUGGACGAGAAACGGGAAGAGGAGGGGCUAAACGGCAACGCCAGCUCGUCGAGCAAUGGCAACGUCGUCGACAAGCACACUGGCCCGCUGCCCCCCUUGGAUUUCAGGACCUACUGGAGCUACGUUCGCGGGGAAGUGACCAGAGACGUGCGAUACGGCUUUUGCAACUUGGCCUUGUUUUACGUGCUCAUCAACAAUUCGAUCUUUGUCAGCUACAAGAUGGCCGAUCCCGGUACGAUCCAGCUGACCAAGAGCGGUGUUACCUUCAUCACCGCUCUGGUUAUGAUUGCGACCCUGAACACCAAGAUCUCCAAGAUCCAGUGGAUCGCCAUUCUGAUGCAGAUUUGCGGCUUGAUGGUGACCCAGUACAACCCCCAGACGGGCACGACAUACCCGUUUAGCACGUACUUCAUCCUACUCUUCCAGGUCUUCCUGAGUGCAUCCUCGGGCGUGUACAACCAGGCGCUGCUCAAGACGGACGACUCGAGCUUGCACGCCGACAACAUGAUCCUCUAUGGCGCGGGUGCUGCUAUGAACCUGUUGUGCCAUUUGGUCAUUAAGACUCUGAAGGCCGACGAGCCGGGCUUCUUUGAGGGCUACAACAGCUUCGGAGCUAUCAUGGUCAUUGUCAGCAACGUCUUCAUUGGCCUUGCCAUCACUGCUGUCUACAAGUAUGCCGACGCCGUCAUCAAGUGUUUCGCGACCGCCGUCGCGACCGGCAUCCUUCUCUACGUCUCGCCCAUUCUUUUCGGCACCAAGCUCAGCUUCCUGGUUCUGCCCGGUACUGUAGUCGUAUUUGUUGCCUCUUGGCUGUACAUGGACAACCCGCCUCCGAAGGACCCCAACCCUCCUCCGAGCAACGAGCCCCAGAAGAUGUCCUUGUUCAGCAAGAUGGCAGCUGUUGCGAGGAAGUUCAACAAGAUCUUUCUCGGUGUCGCCACCUUUAUCACGGUUCUCAUUGUGGCGUUCCUCACCAUGUCGGAGGCUAAGAUGCCUGACUUCGCCAAGGACGGAGGCUCGGCACCGUCGACGCCAUCGGGGCCGAAGCCCGUCACCGGCAGCGAGAGCACGGUCGAGUCGCCUUUCAAGAACACCCUAGCCAUGAUCCGAUGGAACUCUGCACGCCCUGAACGCAUCCCCCUGCUGCAGAAGUACGAGCCGUUCUUCCACACCGUGCACAUCUCGAUGCCCAACAUGUUCAAGGCAGAGGACCCCGAGUUCCACAACCUGACCCACGACCAGUUCCCCGGGACCUUUACCGUCUACAAGCAGGUGUCUCGCACUAUGAAGCUCAUCUUGGACACUCAGCCCGAGAUCGACGGACUGAUGUACUACCACUUCGAUGCCUGGAUCGACCCCCUCGGCUGGACCGGCAUGAACCCCUACAACAUCCACUUCCCCGCCAUUCUUGACACUGCCCCGCCAUCCCACGGUGGACCCGAGUUCAUGUGCCUGACAAACACCAAGAACUACAACUGGUGGGGAUGGGGACAGGACUUCCACCGCACCGCCAUGGCCGCGGCUUCAGUCGUGGACAACUUCGACCUCGAGUACACGAUCCGGCGUGAUGAGUUUUGCGUUGGCUGGAGUGACAUCUACUACAUUCCCCGACGGUUCUUUGCCGACUACAUCUUCCUGUCCGAGAUCUUUGCCGGGUUCGGGGUCUUUCACGAGGUUGCCAUCCCCACCAUUGUGCACAUUAUCGACCAGAGUCGCCGGCGCAACCCACACCGGUCCAUCAUCGAUCAUAUCAGCGACUGCUGGGGCAACUGCUGCAGCUCCAACCCCAAGAUCCGCGACGUGCUCGGUGCUCGAUGCGGUCAUCGUCUCAACUACCUAGAGGAUGGGCCCAUCAACGCGUUUUACGACAAGCUCGAUGCCCAGGCGGAAAUUUUGGGCCAGACUCUCAACUCAACCAAAUACGCCAUGUCCAGCAGCGAAGCCGCUCACCUCUUCGACAGCGCAGCGCUUGCGACUAUCAACAACGGCGAAGCGAAGAAGGUCGCACCUACGAACGAUGACGCUCUGGAAGACGACCAGCGAGCGGACAAGCUGGCCGCGGAAAAGGCCAAGCAAGAAAAAGAAAAGCUGAAGGAUGAGCAUGCGCCCGUCGACAAGACAGGAAAGCCCGGUGACCCCAAGGCCGAUCCCUCGAAGGUUCCUCCUCCCCCACCGAAGGACGACAAAGAGGGCGCCAAGAAGGAAGAAGGCAAGAAGGAAGGAGAGGAAAAGAAGGAGAGUGACAAGAAGGAGGCCGAUAAGAAGGAGGCCGAGAAGAAGGUUGACCCCAACGACGCCCUCAGGGAAGGAGACCGGGACGCCGACGUGAAGCGAAGAUUACGGCGGGAGGUCUUGGCUGCCGUCGCUGGACUCGGCUAUUAA